AUAAUCAGCUAGUGGCCUGGUUAAAUAGGGCUUAGUAAUGAGUAGUGUGUUUUUAAUAAGAACUUAAAGAGCUUGUACCGUAAAGGCCAGACUUCUGCAAGAGGAUACGAAGGGGAACAAAGCAAAUGCAUGCGAAUGGUUGCCAACCGCCACAGGCUUCAUGACUUCAUAUGCUUAAUUCCUAAACUUUCAUUAAAAGCAUCUCUUCUCCCAGAAGAAAGAGUGUGUGAGGUGGAGGACAGUUCUGCCAUUGGCUCAGGCUUUGAUAAGGUCACCUGAUCAGUUUCACUACAGCAGAUCCUCAUUCACCUUCAACACUAUUAGGAAAACACCUUGCCGUUGAUGUCAGUUGGAUCGGACUCGGGUCGCCCCUGCUGCCGCAGGUGUCUCUUCACAACGCUUCUCGUUUUCACGACAGCUUGAGUACAUGCUGUAAAAAAAUAUUUGAAUUCCUAAACUCAUUUGAACUUUCCUUACUUGGCCGGGGUAGAAGCUCCCAAACCCAAGAUGAGUGUCAAAAAGGAAGACGUGGAGAAGUUCUUGGACGGAAACCCUGAUUUCGCUAAGAGCUAUUUUAACAGAAAGCUCAAACCGGGCGCUGUGGCCUCGAUCAUGCGAAUACCAGAAUCCAAAGUGGAUAUCGAUACUUAUAAAGACCUAAGCUCAGUGGAGGAGGGUGCGUUAUUCUACGAUCUUAUUACAGACAUGCAGGAGAACGUAAAUAUGGAGAAAGUGAUGUUUAAGAUCCUGAAGAGGACCAGCGCUUUGAUCCACGCCGACAGGUGUAGCCUCUUUAUGUAUCGACAGAGGAACGGCAUCGCUGAGCUGGCUACACGACUCUUUAACGUGAAUGAAAACUCUGAGCUAGAUGACUGUGUGGUGGCUCCAGAUUCUGAGAUCGUAUUCCCUCUUGACAUCGGUAUUGUGGGACAUGUUGCUCAAACCAAGAAGACCAUCAAUGUCAAGGAUGUUACACAGAAUAGUAACUUUAGCUCAUUUGUUGAUGAACUUACCGAAUACACUACACGCAACCUCCUGGCUGCGCCCAUCAUGAACGGCAAGGAUGUGGUCGCUGUCAUCAUGGCCGUCAACAAACUCACUGGACCUCAUUUCACAGAUGACGAUGAGGAUCUUUUUUUAAAGUUCUUAAAAGUUGGCUCUCUGAACCUGAAGAUUUUUCACUUGAGCUACCUACACAACUGUGAGACACGUAAAGGACAGCUGCUGUUGUGGUCAGCUAACAAGGUGUUUGAAGAGCUCACAGACAUUGAGCGACAGUUUCACAAAGCUUUGUACACAGUGCGAGCCUACCUCAACUGUGACAGGUACUCUGUGGGCCUGCUUGACAUGACCAAGGAAAAGGAGUUCUUUGAUAUUUGGCCUGUGUUGAUGGGAGAGCAGCCACCGUAUUCCGGUCCUGUAACUCCAGAUGGAAGAGAGGUCAUUUUCUACAAAGUUAUUGAUUAUAUUUUGCAUGGAAAAGAGGACAUCAAGGUCAUACCAAAUCCAACUGCAGACCAUUGGGCCCUGGCUAGUGGAUUACCCACGUAUGUAGCUGAAAGUGGAUUUAUUUGCAACAUCAUGAAUGCGGCAGCCGAAGAAAUGUUCAAAUUCCAGACGGAGCCGCUGGAUGACAGUGGAUGGACUAUUAAAAAUGUGCUUUCCCUGCCUAUUGUCAACAAAAAAGAAGAAAUUGUUGGCGUUGCAACUUUUUACAACAGGAAGGAUGGUAAACCAUUCGAUGAACUCGAUGAACAACUCAUGGAGGCUUUGACACAGUUUCUGGGUUGGUCGGUCCUCAACACAGACACAUAUGACAAAAUGAAUAAGCUGGAGAACAGGAAAGACAUCGCCCAGGAUAUGGUGUUGUACCACGUCAAAUGUCGAAAUGAUGAGAUUCAAAACAUCCUUAAAACAAGAGAGUAUUUUGACCGAGAGCCCGUGGACUGCGAUGAAGAUGAGCUUUUGGAGAUUCUGAAAAAAGAGCUGCCUGGGCCAAAAAAGUUUGAUAUCUACUUCUUCCAUUUCUCCGAUUUUGACUGCACUGAAUUGGAACUUGUAAUGUGUGGCAUCCAAAUGUACUAUGAAGUUGGAGUGGUCAGAAAGUUCCAGAUCCCUCAAGAGGUUUUGGUGAGGUUCAUGUACUCGGUGAGCAAAGGCUACAGGAAAAUCACAUAUCACAACUGGAGACACGGCUUCAACGUUGGGCAAACCAUGUUCACAUUACUCACGACAGGAAAAUUGAAGCGCUAUUACACAGAUUUAGAGGUGAUGGCCAUGAUUACUGCUGGAUUCCUGCAUGAUAUUGACCACAGAGGCACAAACAAUCUCUACCAAGUGAAGUCCCUGAAUCCUCUUGCCAAGCUACAUGGAUCUUCCAUUCUUGAGAGACAUCACUUGGACUUUGGCAAGUUCUUGUUAGGAGAUGAGUCUUUAAACAUCUUCCAAAACCUCAACAGAAGACAAACAGAACAUGCCUUCCAUCUCAUCGAUAUUGCUAUUAUUGCAACUGACCUUGCCUUGUACUUCAAAAAGAGGACAAUGUUCCAGAAAAUUGUGGAUCUCUCGGAGACAUAUGAGGACGAGAAGAAAUGGGUGGACUUCAUGUCUCUUGAAACAACAAGGAAAGAAAUUGUGAUGGCCAUGAUGAUGACGGCAUGUGACCUCUCAGCUAUCACAAAGCCUUGGGAGGUACAAAGCAAGGUUGCCCUCUCUGUAGCCGCUGAAUUCUGGGAGCAGGGUGACCUUGAGAGAACUGUUCUUGAGCAACAGCCCAUUCCCAUGAUGGACAGGAACAAAGCUGGCGAUCUGCCUAAACUUCAGUGCGGUUUUAUCGACUUUGUCUGUACUUUUGUUUACAAGGAGUUCUCUCGCUUUCACUCUGCCAUCCAGCCGAUGUAUGACGGGAUUCUGAACAACCGGAAGAAUUGGAAAGAGAGGCAGGAGGAAUAUGAGUCGAAAUUGAAGGAAUUAGAGGAGGCAGCUAAGGCCAAGCAGGAGACAGCUGCCAACAAAGCUGCACCUGCCACUGGAUCUUCUGGGUCUAAGACUUGCUCAAUCUGCUAGAGACAGAGAAAAGCAUGGUGGGGGAGGAAAGCAGGUACCCUCCCACAAGAGAGGAAUAAGAUAAAGAGCAAUUGGGCAAACAUUAUCAAUGCAUAUGAUAUUAGCAAGCCAAAUGACCAUCUGUUACCAAAGAAAGACAGGUGAACAGCUAUUUCAUAAUGUAUCUUUUGGGACAAAGUUUUUGGUUAAAUGCAUUUUCAUUGGGUGUUCAGUUAUAUUUUAUUUGGUCACAAGGCAUAAUUAAACUUUAUAUAGAGAAUGAAAGGGCAAUGCUAACAGGGCAAAGGGGGCUCUUAUUGAUUAUUAUAAUUGACAUUUUUUAAAUAUAAAAAAAUCAAUAGAAGACAUUAGCAUCAUAUUUUCUGUAAAUGAUUAUAAUGAUAUUUACCUCUUCUGGUUAGUUCUGGAUUUUUAACCAUUAUUAUUUUACUUUUUUCAAUUGCAAUUUUUCCAUUUUAUAAUUGCAAAAAUUGCUUUAUUCUUUUGUCAUGGGAAACCUAAGUAUGCCCUAAAUAUCUAAAAACACAAAAGCUGUAUGUGUGUUAGACAUCUCAUUGACGUUUUUCAUUUUGUCCCUCUAAAAGUUAUCACACCAAAGCUGAGAAGCCAGUAUUCAGUUUGUCCUUUCAUAGGCCAACACUAAAGUUCACAGCAAAAAUAUAGCUAAACAUUUGAGUGUUGGUGGCCUAUUUAACAACUGUAAGUUUUUCCACUUAAGUUGACAGGUAAUGAGCAACUGUCCUUCUGACUGAUUUACAUCAAGCGGUGUCACGGGUGUGUUUUACUGAGAAAUGUCCUGUUACUCAUUGAUUCCACUGUUGGGACAUGCGUUCACAAAGAAAACUAUUACUAGUGGCCUUGAUACCCUUCAUUCAGUAAACUCUCGGCUCACCUGAUCACACUGAACCCUCAGAAAUGAUCUGUCUGUGAUUUACUUCAUAAAGGUAUUUAGAUAAUUCCCUAUGUUUCGUUUUAUAGGAAGGACCAGCUUUCCAUAAAAUGCUGUAAAAAUUCAAUAGAUGUCAGUUGUUUAUCUUAUUGUGUAAAUAAAUACAUUUUAUGAGCUUCUACAUUUUUGAAAUACAUAAUACAAAUCUUUAUAGUUUAAAAGUUAAUACUAAAGAUGUGUUGUUAGCACAUGUAAUUGCUCUUUUAUGCUUUUUAAACAAAGAUGCAGCUUAUGUUACACAUAAAAGUAGUGGAGCAAAGAAAAUUGAUAUUUAAAAUCUAUCAGCUCUGAUACAAAUUAUAUUUACUUUCAUUGCAAAUGUCAUCAUUUUUUCACAAGACAUUAAUGCAUGUCUAACAUCAUAUAUGAUGAUUUCAAACCAUUCGCAAUAUGCCAGAGAAAUGUUAAGCAUCACUUCUGUAUGCCCAAUGCCAUGAGAAUAAAACGGUUUAUUUUUAUGAACUUUUUGUUGUCUUACUUAGUAGAACCAAGUGAUACAAUUACAAACAGUUCUUCCACUACAUGCCUCAGAUGUGAUGGACUUUGGAACUCCUAACAGCCCUUUCUGCUUAGUGACUCAGUCGCUAAGAAAGCCUCUUAUCUCAUGAGAAUGCUCAGCAGUUUCCACUCUUCCACUUUUACAUGUCUGGGUUUCACCUGCAACGUUUAUUUGGAUACUUACACAUCUGGGUUACUAGAAAUUCUCUGACAAUUUUCUUGAAAUAUAUUGCUCACUCUUACGUAUUAGGUCCUCAUAAAAAAGUGUACAUGUAUAUAAUUUAAUUAAAGCAAGGUUUUAUUCUAAAACACUUUAAAUUGUUUGGGAAAUGCAGCAUGGCAGAUAAGUAACAGAAGCCCUCGUGCAAAAUAGGCACUUUGCUGUAUUGGCUUGACCUAAAUCCAAGGAUUUAUUCUAAACCAUGGUGAUGUUAUACAACAAUCGUCCCUCUAUAAACAUCCCUAUACAACUGCAGAAAAGAAAAGACAGUCUGCAACUGUUUUUCAAUCGUCCACGUGAUAACCUCAAUGUUGACAUAUACAAGGUAAAACAAUGCAAGAUUUUAUUUCUCGUGUCUUUAUUGAAAAAUAGAUAUAAGUUAAUUGUCUUGUUGAAUCAUCUCAGAGUUGGAAUGCGUGCAUC